AUGGCAGCUAAUAAUCCAGCAUCACAGCAAAAUCUAACAAAUUUUCAAAUCAUUGAACCAUUGUUCUAUGAUGAAUUCAAUACCGUCGAUCCAAUUUUUCCUGAAUGGACACUAGAACGAAUGCCAAGAAACGUUAAUAUGAAGCGAAUUAGGUUGGAUAAGAAUAAGCUGCUAGGUAAAUGGCUCUAUGAAAGUUAUAAUACAAAGGGAAGAUUCUGCUGCAUAAAAUGUAUUACAAGAGGUGUUGCAGAAAAUGAUGCUACAUGGUCUUCAUCUUAUACUACUGUUCUGUUUCGAGCAUACUAUGGACCAGAUACAGAUGAAUAUGGGCAACACUGGAUUGGUGGAUGGAUUCAAAUGAAAAUCUGA